UCCACAACUCACACACACACACACACACACACACACCACAUACUACUUAGCAGCAUUCUACCAAAUCCCCUCUGCUCUGCUCUGCAUGCUUGCAUUACAUGCACCAACACACCCUCUCUCCUUAACCACAAAAACCCAUCAUCAUCACUCCUUCUAAACCGCCAUUCUCUCUAUAUAUAUACACACAAUCACCUCCUCUCUCUCUCUCUCUCUCCAUAUACACGCACACACACAUUUUCAUGGAAAGUGCAGAGUACGAAAUCCAGCAGCGUGUGGAGGUGCAAAUACCACCAACAAAACCCUUCUUCCAUUCACUAAAAUCAUCCCUCAAAGAGACUUUUUUCCCUGAUGAUCCUUUCAAGCAAUUCAAGAACCAGACAGUUGCAAGAAAACUCUUGCUCGGCUGUCAGUACUUUGUGCCUAUACUCGAAUGGGCUCCCCGCUACACUUUCGAAUACUUCAAAGCUGAUUUCAUAGCAGGGAUCACCAUCGCUAGCCUUGCUGUGCCUCAGGGCAUUAGCUAUGCUGGUUUAGCAAGCUUACCUCCUGUAAUUGGCCUCUAUUCCAGCUUUGUGCCGCCGCUGAUAUAUGCAAUGUUGGGGAGUUCGAGGGAUUUGGCGGUCGGGACGGUGGCCGUUCCGUCACUUCUCAUUUCAUCAAUGCUAGGGAAGGAGGUUAAUCCUCAUCAGAACACUAAGCUCUAUGUGCAGUUGGUUCUCACUGCAACUUUCUUUGCUGGAGUUUUCCAAGCAGCUUUAGGCUUGUUAAGGCUUGGGUUCAUAGUGGACUUUCUGUCACAUGCAGCGAUAGUGGGUUUUAUGAGUGGGGCGGCCACGGUUGUGUGUUUGCAGCAAUUGAAGGGCAUUCUUGGACUAGUUCACUUUACUCAUGGAGCUGACCUUGUCUCUGUCAUGAAAUCAGUAUUUACCCAAAUACAUAUGUGGAGAUGGGAAAGUGGAGUAUUGGGCUGCUGUUUCCUCUUGUUUCUCUUCAGCACUAGAUACUUUAGCAGGAAAAAACCAGUGUUCUUCUGGAUAAAUGCUCUGGCGCCGCUAACAUCUGUUAUCAUGGGAAGUCUUCUGGUUUAUCUCACCCACGCAGAGAAUCAUGGCAUAGAAAUUAUUGGACACUUGAAGAAAGGGCUGAACCCACCAUCACUGUCGGAAUUGGAGACUGCGUUUGGAUCAGCAUAUCUCACCACAGCAAUUAAGACAGGAAUCAUUACCGGUGUUAUUGCACUUGCUGAAGGAAUAGCUGUGGGAAGAAGCUUUGCAGUAUUCAAAAGCUAUCACAUCGAUGGAAACAAAGAGAUGAUUGCCAUGGGAAUGAUGAACAUAGCAGGUUCCUGCACAUCUUGCUACUUAACCACAGGACCGUUCUCGAGGACAGCAGUAAACUUCAAUGCAGGAUGCAAAACCGCAGUUUCCAACAUUGUGAUGGCAACUGCAGUGAUGAUAACCUUACUAUUUCUCACACCGUUAUUCUACUACACACCCCUCGUUGUGCUGUCUGCCAUAAUUAUAACCGCUAUGGUCAGUCUUAUAGACUAUGAGGCUGCCAUCCACCUAUGGGGUGUUGACAAGUUCGACUUCAUCGUGUGCAUAAGUGCAUACGUUGGAGUCGUCUUUGGCAGCGUCGAAAUUGGACUAGUGAUCGCGGUAGCAAUAUCCCUGCUUCGCAUACUUCUGUUUGUAGCAAGGCCGAAGACUUCAGUCAUGGGUGGAAUUCCUAAUUCCAUGACCUAUAGAAGCAUUGAACAAUACCCAAAGGCAAAUUUGGUUCCUGGAAUUCUCAUCCUUCACAUAAAUGGUCCGGUUUACUUUGCCAAUGCCGGUUACCUAAGAGAAAGGAUCUCAAGAUGGAUAGAUGAAGAGGAAGAAAAACUAAAACAUUCGGCAAAUGACCUGCAAUACGUUGUAUUAGAUAUGAGUGCUGUUGGAAGUAUUGAUACAAGUGGAAUCAGUAUGCUUCAAGAGGUCAAGAGAAAUGCCGACAGAAGAUCCGUGAAGCUUGUAUUAGCUAACCCCGGAGGAGAAGUAAUGAAGAAGCUAGACAAAUCAAAGUUCAUAGACACAAUUGGGCAGGAGCGGAUCUAUGUAACCGUUGGGGAAGCAGUAAAUGCUUGCAACUUUAUGCUUCAAACAUGCAAGCCAAAAUCUAAGGCAGUUGAUGAGGAAGCAGAUGAUAAAGUUUGACAGGGGAGAAAGUUAGAUCCCUAUAAAACCAUAUUUUAACUGGGAUUUGGUUUUCGUCCACAACAAGAGGAACCAUUUCUACAGGGGAUGUGAAGUCCAUAUGUUAGCCUGCAAAUUAAAGCCUAAGGAGCUUGUCUUCUUGUUAUUUAGUGAAUCAUGAAGCUAUUAGAUGUAUAUCGUGGUUCAUUCUCUCCUCGAAGCAUUUCAGGGGGAAUUGUGUUAAUUCCAAGUGCUUUACAAUAAUGCUCUCCCAA